GGGAUAGACACAUUGACUAGUAUUUUGGCUACCAAAGAAGGAUAUGUUGCUGUUUUUCGUGGUUUGCGAUAGCUCCCGCGAUGCUUUGCAGUUAUAUCCAUAACCGUAGUGCAUUGUGGGAUAUACACGGGUUCAAAUCCUCCCAUUAAUAAUCAUCUGGGCGAGCUGAGAGGGAAAUGCCAGCUUUGUGCCUGGUGUCCUCUAUUAGGUCACCAUGGUACUGUUCCGUGGCCUGCGAGCCUGCAUACACCAGUAUCCACCACUGGUCAUGUUCUUUCUGUGUAUUGCAACCCUCGUAAUCUCCUUCCUGUGUCUUGGAGUCUAUGUGAAGACGCACACUGUCAGGGAUGCUGAUGUCGCCCAGGAUUGGGAUUCCUUUAUCCUUGCUCUCAGCAUGCUUCACUUCUGCCCUAAAGGUAAUAUGACUGGGAAUCUAUCUAAUGUCUCAGAGCUCAGCACAGUAGGUUUCCGCAAGAAGUCUGUUGUGGCUGUGCUGGGGCUGCACCCAUGGGACUCUGCCAGCAGUAGCACCAGUCUGCGACUUGCUGUCAAAGGUAUCCAGCUUGGUCUGAAAGGAGACAGAGAGGAUGCUAAUAUGGUUGUCACUGUGUCCAGAUUCAUAGAAACCGAGAAAUGUAAUGCCAGUGACCAGGCGUGUAUUACAAGAUUCUGUAUCACUGUCUUUGGUCCAGAGUCGUCUCUGCCAAACACCAGGUUACUAUCGCAGUGCUCCGAGAGUGCACCCAGUGCGGUGUCCUUACCUGACCUGUAUGUGGCGAAGCAAAAACCGGACUCUCCCUCUCGGUGUUACAGAGUGAGGUAUUCACCAGACCCUACUCUGCAAACCAUGGUGUCUCUGAAUGAGCGGACACUCUGCUAUACACGAUUGAUGUACACAGCUCUGGUUCUUUCCUUCCUCUUGGCAUUAUUCACCCUAUCUGGUGCCCUCUGUAUCCAUAUUUUCAAAGACAAGAGAUCCCAAGGGCUGCUGUGAGAGAAAAGGCCACGUUCCUCCAUAUGGCAGCUGAACUGGUUCAUCUGAUUCAGAAUGAGGUCCUUGGGAGGGAGAAAUACUAAUAAAACUGAUGGGGUGUUUUUUUCUUUUUUACUGCAAAUGGAUGUAAAGUUUACCACAAAUAAACAAAUCUCGGUCUAGUAAA